AUGUCUGGGGGUGAUGUAUCAAAGUUAAUGAGUGCCAUUAAGGAUGGGCUGCAUGCCGAGUGGGCCGAAUUCAAAAAAACUAAGCAAGUUUCAGUAAAACCUGUAUGUGCUUAUGCCACUGGAGGUCAGUGGGACACGCCUAUAUCAGCUCUAGCCAGCAUUAGUGGAGGCGUAUGCGAGUGGGAGGAGUGCUUAAAACACACAGUCGACCCAACAGUGGAUAAAACACGUGGCGUGCUUCCCUCCGAGAUCAUGGUAGGGGCAGAGGGACAGGUCAUGCUGUACCCUGUGCGACGUCACGUCUCCAUCGAUGCAGGUGCAUCCACCCCAGCCAGUACACUCUCAUCAGCAUCAAAGGCAAUGGAGCCCAAAGUUCCUAUUGUUGCUGUUGGAAAGAAUAAACAUUUACCACCCAAAGCAAUGUUGUUAUCUAUCAUAGAACAGACAGCAAACUACAUGUUGGAUCAUGUAAAACGAGUGAGUGAAAAUGCAUUUAUAGCUGGUAACAACAAGAUUUUGUUUAUGUGUCUGGCUUCAGCGGCUCUUGUUAGAAGUAGACUCAGUGCUUACAAGGACAUUCUUAAACAACCUACCUCAAAGAAUAUGAGAGCUGCGCUGGGUCGGUGUGGGGAGGUUGUGGAGUUUAUGAUGCAGAACAUCCUAAGCUACAACUGUGACCUCCUCCAUUCAUCAUUGCUGCAUGAUGCUUCAAGCCAUGACUGGACAGACCCUAAGCCAUACCAAGAAAAUGGCAGAUCAUCACUGACUAUCCAGAUGUGGACAUUCUAUAUGCAAGGUGUACGUAAUGACCUCUGGCGCUAUACUUCGCCACGCAUCGGUGAGAGUAUUCUGGCCAGCAUCUUCACAGACACCCUUAGUCUUCUGGUAACAAGAUAUGCUCAGAUUGAGCCCAGUGAUGUACGAAUGUCACAGUAUUCAGCAGACAUAGUUGCAAUUCUUACAGUCAUUGCAGCUUUUCUACCCUCCCUUAUAGCCUCUCCAACAAUGUUUUUCUCUGUGCGAAUCCAUGAAUCAGUUGCUCUGCCUAUUCAUCGUCGGGCAGACUUGUUACUCAAAGUUGCUGCUCUUAAAUGUGCACCUAUUGAAAAUUUAGCACGGAUAUUCCACAAAGGGUUUGACAAUGCUGUAAAAAGAACAGGCUAUCCAGGCUCAGAGACCAGCAUUGACUCGACCCCUGCCUGGCUUACCUUUCUCAACCCAACCUUGUUUCCCCGUGGCAAAUCAUCUCUGGGACACAUAGGGGACAAUAUUGCAGUUUAUCUCACACUGCUUACUGCUGCCAGUCGACCUCACCCUCAGUACCCACUCAUUAUUAGGGGUUUGUUGAUGCGUCAGUAUCUUGGUACCAAGAUAAUGAUGACAGGUCUGCAGGAUGCCCCAGGCCAGGUGUCCACUGGAGAGCCUUGUGGUGGACCUAUGUGUAUGAAGCACCUCUGUACACCACCUCUCAUCCCUCAUACUGUAUAUGCUGCCAUUGCACAGAUACUGGUAAAGUGUGUGGACUGGACACCAGCUCUUUGUCGACUUAUGAGUCCAGGAGUCAAACACUCUGGCUUGUGGGAUUCUCUUGACCGCACUCAGGUUUGGAAUAUACAGCGACCACCAUGGCACCAUGCUCUUGUGCAGCUUGUUACGCCCAGUGUGGCAGGAGUUGUGUCAGAGGUUAUAAGAGCAGUUCCACCACAACCUCCAGCCAAACCUGCUCAUCCAAGUCAGUUGUCUGUGCGCUUGGAACAUCAUCUAGCAGCCUGGACUCUGCAGUUGCUGACAGGCAUGGAAGGUGUUGCUGAUACUGUGCCUCUGUCUGUCAUAUAUGUCGCACAUACAAUCAACACCUAUUUGCCACCAACUAUCAAGCCUACUGGGGGUCAUGUAAUUACACAGAUAGUGGUGAAUGCCAUGUAUUCAGCCAUCAAUUCUCGUGUAUCUCUAGAUGAGCUGAAUGAUGCCCCAAUCACAGAUGGACAGUGGGACAUGAUGAUUGCAGUUGGAGAACGUCUAUGCUCCUUGCAUGAUGGCAACUAUGAUACACAUCUGAAGCAGAUGACACAGGCCUUGUUGGCACAACUUGAAGAUAUGGAAGAUGAUGGUGAAGAAGACAGUCUAGAUGAAUAUACAGAUGAAGAUGUAAUAGAGUGUGUAUGUACUGCCUUAGCCAACACUGUUCUUUCCUCUGUUCAGGGUCAACAUGCACUUGUGGUAGUGUGGGAGUUCCUUAAGAGAAACAUGGAGUGGGUACAAGAGGCUCUUGGCAUUCCUGCUAUCCUUCCUCUCAUCUCUGAUCACCCACCAGCGCAACUCAUCUUUACGCCACAUCCCCCCAUCUAUAACCCCAUAUACUACUACAAACGUGUAGUAUAUACUCGUUUGGACCAGGAGAGUUUGAUGAGUUUUAAAGGUGACUGGGACACAAUAUUAUGGAAUGACUUUGGCUUGCCAAAAGAUACCAUCAUUGACUUGGUUAAGCAGAGGCCAGAGUUCCAGGAGGAAGCCCUUCUUACCAAGAGCCAGAAAGCAUCAGUUAAUAAACUGAAACCUUUUCUCAACAAUACACAUGAUCCAAAAACAAAGAAAUGAAUUAAGAAUUUUAUACAUUGAAUGUGCUGGUUUUGCAUGUGCAUUUGAUAGGAAAGAAAAAACUUCAUCAUCAUUCAAUACUUUCACCAUCACUUAUACAUAAUCACUGUCUUUGCAGAGGCCAAUAUCCUAAACCCCUCCUUUAAAGUGCAGGCAUUGUACUUCCCAUUUCCAGGACUCGAGUCCAGCUAACCAGUUUCCUUGAAUUACCUCACACAAUAUUACCCUGCUCAUACUCCAACAGCUUGUGAGGUCCCAAAAACCAUUCCUCUCCAUUCACUCCUAUCCAACAUGCUCACACACGCUUGAUGGAAGUCCAAGCCCCUUGCCCACAAAGCCUCCUUUACCCCUUUCAACCUUUUUGGGGAUGACCCCUACCCUGCCUUCCUUCCCCAAAAGAUUUAUAUGCUCUCCAAGUCAUUCUACUUUGUUCCAUUCUCUCUAAAUGACCAAACCACAUCAACAGCCCCUCUUCAGCCCUCUGACUAAUACUUUUAGUAACUCCACACUUCCUCCUAAUUUCCACACGACAAAUUCUCUGCAUAAUAUUUACACCACACAUUGCCCUUAGACACGACAUCUCCAAUGCCUCCAGCCGCCUCCUCACUGCAGCAUUUACAACCCAUGCUUCACACCCAUAUAAGAGUGUUGGUACACUAUACUCUCGUAUAUUGCCUUCUUUGCCUCCAUGGAUAAUGUUCUUUGUCUCCACAGAUAUCUCAGCGCACCACUCACCUUUUUUCCUUCAUCAAUUCUGUGGUUUACCUCAUGCUUCAUAAACCCAUCCACUGACAAGUCAACUCCCAAAUAUCUGAAAACAUUUACUUCUUCCAUACUCCCUCUCUCCAAUGUGAUAUCCAGUUUUUAUUCAUCUAAAUCAUUUGAUACUGAUAUGUUUGACAUUGAUAUGUGCAUGUUACUUUUAUAGUCUUGUAAUAUUUGUCUUGGUAUCAGAGAAUACCUGACAGGGAGGCAACAACGAGUCAUGGUGCAUGACGAGGUGUCCGAGUGGGCUAGUGUGACAAGCGGGAUUCCACAGGGGUCAGUCCUAGGACCUGUGCUGUUUUUGGUAUAUGUGAAUGACAUAACAGAAGGGAUAGACUCAGAAGUGUCCUUGUUUGCAGAUAAUGUGAAGUUAUUGAGGAGAAUCAAGUCAGUAGAGGAUCAGGCAGGAUGACAAAGAGACCUGGACAGGCUACAAGCCUGGUCUAGCAGCUAGCUCCUUGAAUUUAACCCUGCCAAAUGCAAAGUCAUGAAGAUCAGGGAAGGGCAAAGAAGACUGCAGACACAGUGUAGUCUAGGUGGCCAAAGACUGCAAACCUCACUCAAGGAAAAAAGAUCUUGGGGUGAGUAUAAUACCGAGCACAUCUCCUGAGGCGUACAUCAGUCAGAUAACUGCUGCAGUGUACGGGCGUCUGGCAAACCUUAGGAUAGCAUUCCGAUACCUCAGUAAGGAAUCAUUCAAGACUCUAUAUGCCAUUUACGUCAGUCCCAUACUGGAGUAUGCAGCACCAGUUUGGAAUCCACACCUGUUCAAGCACGUCAAGAAAUUAGAGAAAGUGCAAAGGUUUGCAACAAGACUAGUUCCAGAGCUAAGGGGAUUGUCCUAUGAAGAAAGAUUAAGGGAAAUUGGCCUGAUGACAAUGGAGGACAGGAGGGUCAUGGAAUGCACAGGGUGGACAAAGACAGGAUGUUCCAGAGAUGGGACACAGAAACAAGAGGUCACAAUUGGAAGUUGAAGACUCGGAUGAGUCAAAGGGAUGUUAGGAAGUAUUUCUUCAGUCAUAGAGUUGUCAGGCAGUGGAAUAGCCUAGAAAGUGACGUAGUGGAGGCGGGAACCAUACGUAGUUUUAAGAUGAGGUUUGAUAAAGCUCAUGGAGCAGGAAGAGAGAGGACCUGGUAGCAGUCAGUGAAGAGGUAGGGCCAGGAGCUAUGACUCGACCCCUGCAACCGCAAAUAGGUGAGUACACGUCCCUCUGGGCUUUCUUUUAUUUCCUUACUCAUUCUUGUUUAUUUCCUCUAUGAGGAAGUGGAACAGAAUUCUUCCUCCGCGAGCCAUGCGUGUUGUAGGAGGCUACCAAAAUAAUGGGAGAACGGGGCCAGUAACCCCUUCUCCUGUAUAUAUUACUAAACUUAAAAGGAGAAACUUUCAUUUUUUCUUUUGGGCCACCCUGCCUCCGUGGGAUAUGGCUGGUUUGUUGAAAGAAGAGCAGUAAUCAGUAUUAUAAACAUGACUUUUGCUGUCACUUGAUUAAUAUUAUAAAUAUUUAAGUAGGUUGGUUGGUUUUGUUUAAAGUCUGUUAACUGCAUAAGGGCCAAGGUUGUGUUUUAUCUAUAGUAAAAUGAUGCUCACAAUAGAAAAGUGCUAAACCCAUAGGGGUCAUAUAGUACCUGAAGAGUGUGCUUUACAUUGAAAGACAUGCACCUUUCAGAAUAUGACUCAUGAAAUCGUAAUGACACGAUUGCAAACAAACCAUACCCCGGCCGGGAUUGAACCCGUGGUCAGAGUCUCAAAACUCUAGACCGUCGCGUUAGCCACUAGACCAGCUAGCCACA